UCAGUGCUGUCGAGCAGAUCAGUUAUAAUUACGUUUGCAGCUUAGCAAUAUAGUCUCUCUAUUCCAUUCGAAUUGCGGAGGCAGUCGGAUCAUUGCAAUAAUGAUGUUUUGUGCUUAGUAGUGGCAAUCGUUUAAUUGGUGAUCGAGUUCCCAAUUCCUUUCGGUGGUGUUACUGGUUCGUUGAUGUUUGUUAUAAUAUAAAAACCACGAUUCUUCAACCAAAUCAUAUUCCCAGAAAAUCAUUUGAUUUUAAAAGUGAAAUGAACAGAGUUGUAGAAGUGCAUGACGAUGAUUCACCGUCUGAUUACCUUCGACAAGUAUUCCCAAGAUGUUAUAAACAAUAACAAAAAAUAUUAUUUUUGCAACCACCUACGAUCAUACGAAUGCGUUCCGUUAUCAGCGCCAGCAUUCCGAUUGCAAACCUUGUCAGUUUCCGUACGUCAUAGGAACUAAGUAGAUUAGUACGAUUCAACACAAUGAUCGUGAAAGUUGUGCUGCUGGUGAUCAUUUCCGUGCUCCCGUUGCUGGAAGCUGUCUCGAUCAAUGCUCUGUAUCAGUGUGGAAUUCGCAAGCGGUUUGGAGUUCAACUGGUGCACCAUGGAUGGAUAGCCGAACUGGGACAGUGGCCAUGGCAUGUGGCCCUUUUUCAUAGAAGCUCCAACGGCAGGGCUUACCGGUGUGGUGGUACUUUGAUCGACGAACGUCACGUUCUAACGUCCGCACACUGCAUCGUCCGAUCCAACGGGUAUCCGAUGAAAGCCGUCGAACUGCUGGUACAUCUUGGACAGCACGAUCUACGGGAGCAGCCGAUACACGUUCAAGUGAUGAAUGUCAGCGAGGUGCACAUGCAUCCGGAAUUCGAACUCAACCGGAACGAUAUUACCUUACUCGUACUGAGUUCGGUUGUUCAGUAUUCCGAUUACGUGAUUCCGAUAUGUUUGGACGCCUGGACCGGAAAGAACCCUCCGUCAUUGGACGGGAAUCGAGGUUGGAUUACCGGGUGGGGUCAGUUAGAAAACGGGACACUUCCUCGGCUACUGCGAACCGCACAGAUGCCCGUCGUAAGUCACCUACAGUGUCUGGAGAAUGAUCCGGUGCUGUUUGGACGAUUUUUGAACCCAGCAGUGUUCUGCGCAGGCGACCGGAAUGGAACGAGUGUCUGCAAAGGAGACAGUGGUGGCGGUAUGUACUUCAGUGAAGGAGAUCGAUUCGUCCUGAAAGGAAUUGUUUCAUUUUCCGGCAUGGAUGAAAAAAGUAACUGUGAUACUUCGAAAUAUAUUGUUUUCGCAAAUGUUGGUUGUUAUCUGCAGUGGAUUAAAAAUCUAACCACCACGGAUGGCAACGUUUUGAGAACAGCACCAAAGCGAAUCAGUGAAAUUGAAUGCGACAGGUACCGGGGCAUUGCAAAAAAGCGAGGUAACGGGAUUUGCUACAACUCCCGGAGUCCUCAUUCGGUUACGAUCGUAUACGAGGGAGACCUUACGGUAUGCUCUGGAAUUAUCGUUAGUGAGAGCUAUGUUCUAUUUCCGUGUCAUUGCAGUCGCGGAAGUUUCGUACCGGAAAUGGUCCGUAUAGGAUUUUCUUCAUACAAUAUUGAAAACAUAACUUGUCAUCCGGAGUACAAAACUAGAAAUAUUCAACACGAUCUCGCGCUGAUCAAGCUAAACGGAACGGUUAGUUUAUCGCCUUCAAUUCUACCGACUUGCUUGGCUAAUAAUUGGACGGAAAAUUUGUACGAAACUUUACUUGUGACGGGACAUGUCGGAGCCGGCGAAGGGCAAGAAUUUAUAGAAAGUGUAGAGAAUCGAGUGGUCGCCAAAGGUCAGUGUAAUUUGCUGAUUCCCAAGUAUCGUGAUAGUAUUUCUGACGGCGAAAUAUGUGUGCUCAAUAACGAUCCCGAACGAACCGAAAGUGAGCGACUUCCGGGGGCUGCGCUGCAAACGAUGAGCACCCGAACUUGUAUGUUUAAUCUGUUGGGUAUACAAAUAGCUACUUCCACGGAUAUUUUGACCAGAACGGAGCCUCUCGAUCUGUACGCUCGGGUGGCGCAUCAUUUGGAUUGGAUGGAAAAGAUUAUUUGGAAGGUGGAAGUGCCUCAACGGGAUGCAUUGGAGAAUUCAACUGAGCUUCCAGAGAUUGCAGUUGAAAAUAUCACAAUAGCCAAUACUGAUUUCGAGCAAUCGACGAAAUCGCAUUUUUUAAAUAGAGAAUUUGUAUUUCCUGACCAUCCAUUCCUGAACCGAAGCAGUCGUAGGUAGGAGAUGACGGGGGACUAAAAAUCCUAGUGAGUUAAUUAAAUUGAAAUGAUCACAAGAAAUGAACGUCAAUAAAAAACAGUUAUUUUUUCAAAAUAUGUUUAUUAAGGAACAUUGCAUUGUUAUCUCCAAGAUGCCAAGGGGAUUUUCAUAUAAUUACAUAGUAUACCACUAGGAUGCUUUUAAUUAUAUUUUACAAAUAUAUGUUUUUAGCGGGUUAUACAUAGUAAUUGUGGUAUAUUCGGUCAACGAGUUGUGCCAAGAGACGGUGUUGUGAAAACUUGAUGUCAGAUUUGAAACCCGGUGAUCAUUCUGGAGAGAUCCAACCCAGUUGGAAAACAACAAAAUUAGAGGGUUGUAUUCAAGACACGACAGAGCACAAUAACAUUAAAAAUGAAAUGUUUCUAGGGUUCCCAUAAUAAAUACGAAAAUAAAGAUGAUAAUGAUGAUGAUACACUAUA